ACGUGGAUGUUGCAGGAAAGGAAAGGAGAAUCGGGAGCGAGGACAAAGAGGCAGUGUCAGACUGACAGACAAGCUGAGAUACAAUCCAUCAAAAUUCAAUGACAGCGGCUGCGUGAAUCUUCCCAGUCAAAGGACCCAUUUUCAUGAUAGACAGCCCCCGUGACUGGAGGCUCAACCCCCAGGGUGUGCCUAUACAGGCCAAAGACUGCCAGCAUUAGCACAGGGAGCACCCAGGGGUCAGAACACUCCUCUCCCAAGACCACUUUCUGAACAAGGCCCAGGAGGAAGGAGGGGAACCACUGCAGAGCAGGGCCCCCAGCUCCCCUAGAGGGUCCAGAAGGACACCAUGGCCAAAGUUCUCCAAAGCCGCUGAGAGAACCAGCAGAACCAGGAAACAGUUUUCCCCUCGGACUCUAGCACAUCGGAGAUCAUCAUCCAGUGCAACCAGUGCUGUUUUAGUCCCAUGAUGAGGCCUGAAUCCCAAUUGGAAGGAUAAUGGUGGAAGAAGCUUUCCUGCUGUUCCAGGGCCUUUCUUCACCUGCAGCAGAAUUCCCCAACCCACCAAGAAUUUGAGACCCAUCAGAUAUCCUCACCUGGUUUAGCCGGUCGGUUGAAGCUGUUCCUGGCAUUGUGGCCCGUAUUGCAUCCUGAAAGCUUCUGGAAGCCACAGGAUUCCCUUUCCUCCCACUCUGAAGAAGGAGAUGGAGAAGACAGUCAGAACUCCAGGGGAUGGGGCACAAUCCCCCCCUCCAAUUAGGGAUAGAAAUUAAAAUGUGUGAAGUGCGGAAUAGGCAUCAUUGAAUGAGCACACAUAGUUCACAUCAACGACCUUCAGCAGGGGAGAAACAGUUUAAAGGUAUGGAGUGUGGGAAACGUUUCACUGAUAUUGGAAAACUUAGAACAAAUCAGCGGACUCACAUGGGCAGGAAAGGACUGCAAUGCGGGGAGUGUGGGAAGAACUUCAGUCAACAUGGACACUUAAGAUUACAUCAACGGACUCACACAAGGGAAAAAACUUUUAAAUUUCUGGAUUGUGGAAAGAGCUUCUAUCGGAGUGAUAAACUUAGGAGACAUCAACAGAUUCACACAGGGGAGAAACCAUUUAAAUGCAUGCAGUGCGGAAAGAGCUUCUAUCGGAGUGAUAAACUAACCCUUAGAAGACAUCAACGGACUCACAGAGGAGAGAAACCAUUUAAAUUCCUGAAGUACGGAAAGAGCUUUAGUGAUAAUGUAAGCCUUAGAACACAUCAACGGACUCACACAGGGGAGAAACCAUAUAAAUGUAUGGGGUGUGAGAAGAGUUUUAGUAUUAUUGGAAGCCUUAGAAGACAUCAACGGACUCACACAGGGGAGAAACCAUUUAAAUGCCUGGAGUGCGGAAAGAGCUUCAGUCAGAAUGGAGACCUUAAAUUACACCAGCGGAUUCACACAGGGGAGAAACCAUAUAAAUGUCUGGAGUGCGGAAAGAGCUUUACUGAUAAUGGAACCCUUAGAACACAUCAACGGACUCACACAGGGGAGAAACCAUAUAAAUGUAUAGAGUGCAAAAAGAGCUUUAGUCAUAAUGUAAUCCUUAGAGCACAUCAACGGACUCAUACAGGGGAGAAACCAUAUAAAUGUAUAGAGUGCGGAAAGAGCUUCAGUCAGAAUGGAGCCCUUAAAUUACACCAGCGGAUUCACACAGGGGAGAAACCAUAUAAAUGUAUGGAGUGUGAGAAGAGUUUUAGUAUUAGUGGAAACCUUAGAAGACAUCAACGGACUCACACAGGGGAGAAACCAUAUAAAUGUAUAGAGUGCGGAAAGAGCUUCAGUCAGAAUGGAGACCUUAAAUUACACCAGCGGAUUCACACAGGGGAGAAACCAUAUAAAUGUAUAGAGUGCGGAAAGAGCUUUACUGAUAAUGGACACCUUAGAAGACAUCAACGGACUCACACAGGGGAGAAACCAUAUAAAUGUAUAGAGUGCAGAAAGAGCUUUAGUGAUAAUGGAACCCUUAGAAGACAUCAACGGACUCACACAGGAGAGAAACCAUUUAAAUGCCUGGAGUGCGGAAAGAGCUUUUCUAAUAAUGAAAACCUUAGAAGACAUCAACGGACUCACACAGGAGAGAAACCAUUUAAAUGCCUGGAGUGCGGAAAGAGCUUUACUGAUAAUGAACACCUUAGAAGACAUCAACGGAUUCACACAGGAGAGAAACCAUUUAAAUGCCUGGAGUGUGGAAAGAGCUUUACUGAUAAUGAACACCUUAGAAGACAUCAACGGACUCAUACAGGGGAGAAACCAUAUAAAUGUAUGGAGUGUGAGAAGAGUUUUAGUAUUAGUGGAAGCCUUAGAACACAUCAACGGACUCACACAGGGGAGAAACCAUUUAAAUGCAUGGAGUGCGGAAAGAGCUUCAGUCAGAGUGGACAGCUCAAUAUACAUCUACAGACUCACACAGGGGAGAAACCAUAUAAAUGUAUGGAGUGUGAGAAGAGUUUUAGUAUUAGUGGAAGCCUUAGAACACAUCAACGGACUCACACAGGGGAGAAACCAUAUAAAUGUAUGGAGUGCGGAAAGAGCUUUAGUUUGAAUGCAACCCUUAGAAGACAUCAACGGACUCACACAGGGGAGAAACCUUUUAAUUGCAUUGAGUGUGGAAAGAGCUUCAGUCAGAAUGGAAAUCUUAGAAAACAUCAGCAGACACACAGG